ACGGAGGGCAAUGUGCCCCCGGACCGUAUGGCCGCCGCUAGAUCCACCCGGGGCCCUGAAAUGGCGGCGGAUAGAUUGAGUAACAGUAUGACCGAGCGCGUAUUAAGUGGUUGCGCGAAUCUGAGCAAAGUCAGAUGUUCUUUAUGGGAUAUUAGAGUGCAGGGCUAUGAACAUGGAUGUGAAGCUUUACCUGGGUUCUCGGGCCAGGAAUGGAGUUUAUAUACCACCGUGGAGUCGACAUGUAUCAGCAUCAGGUUUGAGUUGUCUACACUCGUCUCUUCACUCCUUAGACUCUCUUUGUCUCUACGAUCAAGAUGUUGGGAAAAGCUACCAUUGUCAAUGCGCUUGUGAGCGCCGUCUCUGCGGGCACAAUCCUCUGGGAUGGUCGCUUCAACGACAUGACCUCGAGCGCUGAUCUCGAGAAAUGGUCCUGGGCAAACCAAGUUGGCAACUAUCAAUAUUACAUCCACGGCUCUGGCCCAACCUCGCGCUAUGUCAACCUCUCCCCCAACUACAAAAACUCCGGCGACACCGGCAGCAAGCAAGGCGCCAAAAUCACUAUCGACAACACGGCAAAAUGGAACAGCGACAUGUGGCGCACUGAGCUCAUCCCGCAAACCAAAGCCCCCAUCAACCAAGGCACAGUCUUCUACCACUUCUCCAUCAAGCGCUCCACCGCAAACGUCCCCAGCGCAACAAACGAGCACCAAAUCGCCUUCUUCGAGUCUCAUUUCACUGAGCUAAAAUAUGGCUGGAUUAGCGGCGAGUCGGGAACCAGCAACACUAACUUGCAAUGGAUGGUAAGCGGCCAAAGCAAAUGGAAAACCGAGCUCAAAGCCGACGAAUGGCACAAUGUCGCCUACGAGAUCAACUUCUCCUCCAACCAAGUCUCCUUCUGGCACUCGACGGGUAACAGCUCGCUUGUCAAGACCGCGGGCCCGUUUUCAACUGGCACCUCGUCGAAUGGUGCGGAUUGGCAUUUGGGUGUGCUGAGGUUGCCCAGGCAAGGGCUGGAUGGGACGGGCGCGGAGGACUGGUAUUUCAGUGGCACGUAUGUGGAGAGUGGGCCGAUUACGACGAGCGUUGCUAGUCCGGCGGCUCGAGGUUGAUGAGUUUGUUUGGGGGAAAAGGAGGAGAUGGGUUAGGAGUGGGGGGUUUUGUGUAUAUAGGGGUUCGAUGUUUAUGAAUGUACAUGACGUGUACUUAUCAGAG